UGGUGCUGUUUUGGAUCCUCUGGCUGGUGUUUGGAUUCUCCCUGCUCCUAGCUGCAGAUUUCCUCCGUCCGGGACCCAGCUCAGUGGAGACAGGUUGCGCGUGGGCACCAUGAACCGUCUGGGCUCGGUGCAGCGGAAGAUGCCGUGCGUGUUUGUGACGGAGGUGAAAGCUGAGCCUUCAGCCAAGCGGGAGCAUCAGCCAUUUAAAGUUUUGGCAACUGAAACUCUAAGUGAAAAGGCGUUAGACGCAGAUGUGUACAAUGCGGUUGCAACAGAAAAAGUGGAUGGAACAUGUUGCUACGUUACUAACUACAAAGGUCAGCCAUACCUUUGGGCUCGACUAGACAGAAAACCAAACAAGCAAGCUGACAAAAGAUUUAAAAAAUUUCUACAUUCAAAAGAAAGUGCAAAAGAGUUUCAUUGGAACACGGAGGAAGACUUCAAGCCUGUCCCAGAGUGCUGGAUACCAGCAAAGGAAAUAGAAAAACAAAAUGGGAAGCCGGUACCCGAUGAAAACGGACACAUUCCUGGCUGGGUACCAGUAGAAAAGAGCAGCAAGCAAUAUUGUUGGCACUCGUCUGUAGUGAAUUAUGAGUCUGGGAUUGCCCUGGUACUGAGGCACCAUCCUGACGAUCCCGGAGUUUUGGAAAUCAGUGCGGUUCCUCUGUCAGAUCUUUUAGAGCAAACCUUGGAGCUGAUAGGAACGAAUAUCAAUGGAAACCCAUACGGUCUGGGAAGCAAAAAAUACCCAUUACAUUUUCUUACCCCACAUGGAGCAUUCCAAGUCAGAAAUCUGCCUACACUGAAACACAAUGACCUGCUGUCCUGGUUUGAAGACUGCAGAGAGGGUCAAAUUGAAGGGAUUGUGUGGCAUUGCGGUGAUGGCUGUUUAAUUAAGGUCCACCGCCACCAUCUUGGUUUAUGCUGGCCACUUCCAGAUACUUACAUGAAUUCCAAACCAGUUAUUAUUAACAUGAACCUGAACAAAUAUGACUGUGCUUUUGAUAACCAGUCUUUGUUUAAUCAGUUUUCAAAAAUAGAUAAACAGAAAUUUGAUAGGCUCAAAGAUAUAAUACUUGGUGUAUAAAAUGGAAAUCAUAGUUGGGAUUAUUGUGAUUUUCUAAUAUUGAACAGUUUGCCAUG